UCGUGGGGUGAAACAAGUUUACCAUGAAGUAAAACAAUACUGAUAUAUUGUGUAUUUGAUUUAUUUGAUUUAUUGGACAGUGUAGCAGAAUUAUUGUCUCCUAUAUGCGCGUUAUUAUCUACGGUUACUAAGAAUGUUUAUUAUAAGAUCUUUUUGUUUGUGUUUGCAGGUUGAAUAUUCAAAAAACGGCAAUAUUCACAAUAAUGAUUUGCCUGAUAUUGUUUACCGUUAUUCUAUCCAAGAACGGACGAGAAAUGCAAAUAAGAUAUUCGUCAGAAAAACACAACCGUUGAUAAUUCAAGAGUGAUGCAGUCGAUGCCUUUGGGGAACCAAGGACCAAUGAAGUGGUGUGUUCCUCAGAAUUCAGUGUAUUUCCUCAAGAUCUCCAAAUGCGCGUCCACUACUACUUUCCAGAUUUUCGUUGCGUACGGAGUCAAGCACGGCCUGUCCUUCGCCUUCCCGCCAGCACACUACUCUCCGAAGCAUGGUUCUCCCGACUGUUGCUACAACAUGUUCGUAAACCACAUGUUUUUCAACGAGACGAAUGCACGAAAGGUGCGUUCUCUGACUAAAUGGUAACUGCUUAAAAAAUCACAUACACCGUCAGGCAGUUUACGUAUUCUUGGUUGAAUUAAUAUUAUUUGCUCUGGAAUACCUACAUGACUUGGUCUUUUAUUAAUCUUCAGGAUAUUUAUCGAAUUGACAUACCAGUGUUCACAAUUUCAGUAGUCCUCUUCAUUAUUGAGAAUUUCUUAAAAGUAAAUUCGCCAACAGAAAUUGGGUGACAUGUACUCAAAAUAUAUUGAUCUUGCAGAUAAUGAAAAAAUCAGCCAGAUAUGUCGCAACUAUACGGGAACCAGUAUCUCGCUUCGAGUCCAAUUGGUAUUUUGGAAAUCAUGAAAGGGUGAGAAGCAAAUAUUUAUCGAGUGCAAAUGAUUAUACUUCCAUAUAUUUUCCAAAUGAUAUUCGAAUAAACUCAUUGAGAAUGUUCCUCUUUCACAGAUCUUGGGCAUGAAUCUUUCUGCCUUUGCUAAAGCGUCACAGUACACAUCAGCUCAGAAGAAUAAACUAAACAUAAUCGCUGCUUACUUCGGGGUCAGCGAUCCCAACGAUCGCGCAACAGAAAGUGAGAUGUAUAACAAGGCAAAAUGGCUGAAUCAGAUAUUUGACUUGGUGAUGAUAGCUGAAAGGUUCGACGAGUCCCUGGUUCUCCUUAAGCACCUUAUGUGCUGGGACACUGAAGACGUCGUUUAUGUCAAAGCUAAGAUUCGGAAUCCGUCUUAUAGGCCUAAGGUCUCGGAGGCUGUGAAAGACAGGCUUCGGGAAUUGAACAGUCAAGAUGUCAUUUUGUACAAGUUCUUCAGUGAAGUCUUUGAGGAGAAAGUGAAAGCAUUUGGCGAGGAAAGGAUGCGGAUGGAAGUCGAGGACCUUCGCCAAACAAAUGCUCGACUUCUGAAGGACUGCGGAGCUGAACUCACCGGAUCAGACACAACUGUGAAAACUUGGCAAGUAACGAGCAACUCGAGUAUUUGUAAGAUGAUUUCAUUGAGUGGUGUUGCUAUUACAAGCCAACUUGUAAGAAGACAAAAGAUCUGGGUCUCUAGUAACUUAACUUAUGACCUGUCAUCAUGGACUUUUACUUAAGUGAAAGGACAAACGGUAUUUGAAAUAUACGUUGUAGGAAAGAUGGUAAUCUAAAGAAAGAUGAAACUUUAUUAAAGCAUAUAUUAAUCUUAAACAUUUUACUCUAAUAAUUUCUUUAAAGAAUUACCUUUAGAUGGUUACACAUUUCACCGCUAAUAUGAAUGUUUGGAAAUACUUAACGGCUAAGCCAGGGUACAUCCUCAAACAAUUACACAAUUUAUUUCAUAGUCUAAAACUCAUUGCAUCUUUAAUAUGUACCCUGACUUAUUUAAUUUCACAAGUAGUGCAUGGACUUGUGUGUUCGAAUGAAAUUUUGAGACAGCAACUUAAAAAGAGUUAGAUAACAUACCAGUCUCAUAACGAACUCAUUUAGCAGCCAGCCAAGAACAAUUAAGAUGUUUGUUCGAUAUAUAUACUACGUUUGUUCUUAACCUAUUUUAUAAGCGUGUUAUUGUACAUGUUAGGUGAAUGUUAUGAUUUAUGACAAUCAGCUUUACACACUUUAAUCUUUUCAUUUUGAUCAUUAAUAUACGUUUAUGUUUAGGACGACCGACAUUUACAUUUGAUUUUUAAUAAUCAUAGGUUGUAGAUGGUUAAUGGUUAAAAGCAAAAUAAAUGUGCUAGACAUCUAAGGUCAUGUAGCACUAUAGUAAAUGGUAGUGAAAGGUGGUUGAGUUAGUGAUUAGUUAUCAAAGUUGGGCAAAGGAAU